GAGUACUUUAUAUCUUCUUUCGGUUUCGAAUAGAGACCUUUCAUUUUGUGAAGAUAACUAGUGUCCUAUUAAAUUAAUAGCCAGAUAUAACAAUUUGACUGAAAAUUCUAUAUCUUUUCCCACUAAUCCAUGUUUCAAUUUAAUUGACAAGAAACCUCCACAGGAUUUCACAAGGAGAGGAUUAUAACGUUUAUGUCUGUUUUAUAUUCAAAAUCUACUUUCGGGUAAAGAUUUAAACACAUGCCAUGGGGAAUGCAAUGUCCCCUUUUGGAAAUAAGCAGUCGCAAUCGUCGAAAGCAAGUACGUUUUAUGAUUAUAGCACAGAAAACUGUGAAGAACAUGAGGUUAUUGGAUGCAUUGAGAAAGAACAUCCUGCACAGACAGCGUCUACAACUGAAGGCAAAAGGCCAAGUGAUGAAGUGGAAUCAGUUAUGAAGCUGCGAUCAGAACAAGAUAUUCAAAAACUGCACCAUAAAGUGGCAGAUUUAGAGAUUAUAAUCAAAUCUUUGCAAAGUGAGCGAGACGACCUGCUGCUCAGACUCAGCAAAGUUGUUGGAGACAAGCUGGUCCUAGACAAUCCGAACAUCAGUGAUCUGAGUGACAAGAACAGACCCACCAAACUGGGCGAAAUGUAUUCCGAAUUGUACGAUAAUGAAUGGACGGAUGCUAUUGAAGGCCUACAAGAGGCAGGUCAAGAUGAAAAAGAGGCUGUUCACACACUUUGCUUUACCUUACAGAAAACCUUUGAGUUUUGUGAGGAUAAGGCCUUUCAACUGUUGGAUUCAACAGCCAAUGCGGCAAAUGUUUUGUUCUUGGAAGCCGAACAGAAACAGAGAGAGAUGAAACAGCGAUUCACCAUCGCAAGUGCUCCUAAGAAAAUCAGUUCCGAACGAAGCGGACAGCUCAAACAUUGGGUCGAGAAGUUACAACUACAGAACAGAUGGAAACCUAAGGCAACAUCUAAUCCAGUUAUAACUGAACAAUCAGUUCCUGAGAAAAAAUUGCCGCUCAAUUUCGAAGCUGAAUACAAACAUCUGCGUAAAGAACUUUCAGUAGCAAUAGUUCCUGCUUUACAAAAGGCAUUUCUUGACAUCCACUGGGACGAUUCGUGCAUUCCGGCUAUGAAGCCCUUCAUCAAGAAAUGUCUGUUCCUCUGCUGGAUGAUGGUAGUACAGGGACCGCCCCUGUGUUUCGACUGGAGCACCAAACACGGGUCAAAGUUUGAUGCAAGUUUGUAUAAACAGUAUACAAAAUCUGGAAACACGGUGGAUUAUGUUGUGUGGCCCACAAUGUUCUUGCAUGAAAGUGGACCUGUGAUAUUGAAAGGUGUUGCACAACCAAAAACUGGUAUUAGCGAUGAAGAAUCCAAACAUACAUAAACUUGAACAAAGCUGACAACAUACGUUUUCCAUAAUUUCUAUGUGCACAUAGAACAGUAAGCAAUUUGUAAAUAUAUGUUUUAUUUUUGUAAAAGGUGACAAUAUACGCAUGAUCAUUUCCGGUCGAGCUCAGACUUAUAUUGAGAAUAAUUAACGGAAUUAAAUUAAUACGGUUUUAUCUAUGUUCAAAAAGAACGACAUUUUUGAAAAUAUGUGUGUAAAAAACCGUAGGUUGACCGUGCUGCAAAUGUUAAUUUAAAGUCUAAGGAAUACUUGCAUAAAAACGUAUCAAUGGUAAACGACAGAGAUGAUGAGCAUCCAUUAUUAUUAACAAUAUAAGGCUUCUAACAGUUGUUAAAUUAUCAUUUGAAAUAAAACGCUUCGAGAUAGUGUUAUAUUAAUUCUAGAAAUAGAUUGUGAAAUGUAAUUCAAUGGGAAAAUACUUGUUUUGUAUUGCAAAUACAAUAGUAAACCGUU